ACAGGCAGCGGGAUAUUUCGCUCGCUCGUCCGCCGCUCUCAAGUUUGUUUCGUUUCAUUUUCAUUGUUUGUUGGUGUCCAGUCGGUCCUGUCCAGUAAUUGCCUCGUGGUGCUUGAUAUUGUACCUAGUUUUAAUAAACAAGAUUAAUCAUGGCUAGUGAUGGAGAACCACCCCCUGAAGACGUAUUCAACAUCUUAAUAGCCACCGACAUUCACCUGGGAUAUGAGGAGAAAGAUCCAAUACGAGGCAAUGACAGUUUUGUCUCAUUUGAAGAAAUCCUAGAAAUUGCUGUAGAAAGAGAUGUAGACUUUAUUUUAUUGGGAGGUGACUUAUUUCACCUUUCUAAAGCAAGUGCAGAUUCCAUGCAUAGAUGCAUGUUACUACUUCGCCAGCACUGCAUGGGUGACAGGCCUAUUUCAUUUGAGUUUUUGAGUGACCAAGAUAAGAAUUUCCUGAACACAACUCAAACUGUCGUAAACUAUGAAGAUCCAAAUAUUAAUGUAUCUAUUCCUGUGUUUUCUAUUCAUGGAAAUCAUGAUGAUCCUGUUGGUCAGAACCAUGUCAGUUCCCUGGAUCUAUUAAGCUGUGCUGGAUUGGUAAAUUACUUUGGAAAGAAUUUGGACCUUCAGAAUAUUACUGUUAGUCCCAUUCUUCUUCAGAAGGGGAACACACGUUUAGCUUUAUAUGGUUUGAGCCAUGUUAAAGACAAAAGAUUGAUUCGAUUGUUUGAAGAAGGGAAUGUUACUUUUGAACAACCAGAUCAAUAUACAAAUGAAUGGUUUAACAUUUGCGUGCUCCAUCAAAAUAGGGCUGCGAGAGGUGUGAAAGAGUAUAUACCUGAAGAUCAACUACCUAAUUUCAUGGACCUCAUUGUUUGGGGCCAUGAACAUGAUUGUCGAAUAGUUCCUGAACAAGCUCCAAAAGCAGAAUAUCAUAUCACACAACCUGGCAGUUCUGUCGCCACAUCUUUGAGUGAAGGAGAAGCUAUUCCCAAAUGUGUUGGUCUCCUGAAAGUACACAAAAAAAAAUUCCUUCUUGAAGCAAUUCCUCUGAGAACUGUUCGACCCUUUGUUUUCAGAGAUCUAUGUGCUUCAGAAUUUAAUUUUGAAGAUGAUGACAUGAGAGAUUCAAGUGAACAGCUAGAAGAGAAGGCUGAGGAAGAAGUAAACAGCAUGAUUCAGCAUGCUGAAGGGAUGCUCACUGGUCAUGAAAAGCAGCCCAAGCUACCUUUGAUUCGCUUACGCUUUUUCUACACCGAUGAAGGCCAGAUGUUUAACUUAGUACGCUUUGGACAAAAAUUUGAAGAGAGAAUAGCAAAUCCUCAAGAACUUAUCUUAAUGAGGAGACGUUUCAUAGAAAAAAAAGAAAAGCGAGAUGUAUUGGAUACCGAUGAAAUGAAUAGAAUAUAUCAGGAAAGAGAAGACCUUACAGUGGAAGACUACAUAUUGAAGUACUUCCAACAAAAAGCUGAGGAAGGUGAUGAUUCACAUUGUAUGUCUGUUCUCACUGCCAUUGGUCUUAAUGAAGCUGUGAAAGCUACAGUUGAAUUACAGAAGAAUUAUGUCUUGGAUGAAAUUAUCAAUUAUCAAUCUAAACGAAUGACGGACCAUUUAAUGACAUUGGAUGUAGAUGAAAAGAACAUUUGUGAUGAAAUUAGAAAUUAUAACAUUCAACGGGCAGGAGGUGAAAGCCAGGAGAUUCUAACACAGCUCAAAAAUGCUAAAAAAUCUUCAACCGACAAACCAAAGAAACCCUCUACUACUCGGAAGGCCUCAUCACGAGAGGACAAAGGCAAUGAUGAUGCGGACAAGACAAUUGAGGACUCCGAUGAAGAAUUUGAAGAACAGGUAGCAGUUCGUGGAAGAGGCAGGGGUAGAGUUUCCCGUGCUGCGCGCGCCGCAAGAGCCCCGAGGGCACCUAGAGGCGCUAGAGCUUCCAGCACAUCUAGCAAGGCUAAAGCAGCACCUCAGCGAACUUUACAAGAGUCUUUUGCAAGCCAAAGAACAUCUUCUCGUUCUACUGCCAACAGGAGUAAGAUUCAAUAUGUGGAUGAUGAUGAUGACUGAUUUACUUUUUCAAUUUUAACCAAUACUGGUUUUUUUAAAUAGUUUAUGCUUAAUGCCAUUUUACAAGGUGCCAGUCAAUUUGCAUUUUUAUUUCUACUUAUGGACAUCUUUCAGUAAAGGUACUCUUCUCAA